CUAGUGGCUAUCUCUUUCGAAGUGGCGUGGCGGCAUCCCAAGAAUUCCAUUAUGGGUAUAAUAUAAACGUCACAGUCCGCCAUUGUUAGCCGGCUUACCUGAAAGGGAUCUCCUUUCCAUUCGCUUUCGAUUGCUCUCGUUCUUUACAAUCGGGUCGGGUCAAGCGUAUAUAUCCUCUUCCCAGGCCAGAUUCCGAACAAGUUUCCGCCUUUCUGUACAAUACCCGCCGGAAAUGGCCGGUCCCGGCGGCGCGGGGUUCGGAUUCUUGAUUAUGAGGCCGGAGAAUGGAGGGGUUUGGGACCUUUUCAGAUUUGGGGUGCUGGGUCACCAACCAAGCGGGGCGAAAUUUCUUGAAAGUUCCCAUUACUGGGGCAGCCUCAGUGAAAAGCUGGACGGGGUUGGCGGCGGCAGCGGCGGCGGCGGAGAAGACCAUGCUCGUAGAUGGGUGAUUGUCGUCUCCGUCGUGGUGAGGAAAUUGCUGGCUUUGUUCAAGAAACCAUUGGAGUGGACUGGCUAUCUUUUGGAGUUCCUACUGAACCUCUUCUCCCUUAAUGGCAGCAAUUUCUUCACUUUCCUCUGCAAAUUCAUUUCUGGACAACUAGUGAUACCAAGGAGAGGAUCCGAAACUUACACUUGUGUGGUCGGGUAUUUGGAUGGGCGUAUAGACCUAUACAAGAGUGAAAUGGUGCUUGAUGAACUUAGAGGACAUGAUGCAAUGAAGGUAAGUGUGCCGUUGAAACCUGGAAACCGAGCUCUUAUGGACCUGUGUAUGAUGGCUUCAAAGUUGGCCUACGAGAACGAAAAUGUCGUUAAGAAAGUUGUAAAUCUGCAUUGGAAGAUGCAUUUUGUGGAGUUCUAUAAUUGUUGGAACGAGUAUCAACAAGAAAUGUCCACCCAAGUUUUUAUAUUGUGCGACAAGCCAAAAGACGCAAACUUUAUAUUGGUUGGCUUUAGGGGAACCGAACUCUUUGAUGCCGAUGACUGGAGCACUGAUUUUGACUAUUCUUGGUAUGAAAUUCCAGAAAUGGGAAAGGUGCACAUGGGGUUCUUGGAAGCCUUGGGGUUAGGGAACAGGGAGAACCUUUCGACAUUCCAAGAACGACUUUUCAAACAAAACACAGAAAGUUCAGACUCAUCCGAAUCCUCCAACUCAGAAGGACCCUUUGAAGAUUUGUCUGCAUACUACACCGUUAGAAAGAAACUCAAGAGUUUACUCGAAGAGAACGAAAACGCAAGAUUUAUUGUGACGGGGCAUAGCUUGGGAGGGGCCCUUGCAGUUCUGUUCCCAACCGUUUUAGUAAUGCACGAAGAGGAGGCAAUGAUGAAACAGCUGUUGGGAGUUUACACAUUCGGACAGCCCAGAGUUGGGAACAGGAGGCUAGGUACGUACAUGGAAGAACACCUGAACCAUCCAGUUCCCAAGUAUUUUCGCGCAGUUUACUGCAACGACCUUGUUCCAAGGUUGCCCUAUGAUGAUAAAACAUUUUUAUACAAGCACUUUGGGGUGUGCUUCUACUACAACAGCAUGUAUAUUGAACAAAGAGUUGAUGAAGAACCAGACCCCAACUAUUUUGGGAUACGCUUUGUGAUACCGAUGUAUCUGAAUGCUGUUUGGGAGCUGAUCAGAGGGUUGACGAUGCGUUAUGUGUACGGGGAAGGGUACAAGGAAGGUUGGGUGUCCAUCGUUUGGAGGACAGUCGGACUCUUCGUCCCAGGCAUGGCUGCUCACAGUCCUGUAGAUUAUGUCACUUCCAUAAGGCUUGCAAGGGAAAAAAUGUAGAAAGAGCUAUCAGGACACAGGACUCCCUUACCUUAAAGGGAGGGACACCUCUCCUUUUGAAAGGGCACAGAAAAAUGGUAAUCAAUAAAUGUUGCUUGCUUGUACCUCUUCUCUGGUACUACCUUUCAGUUGCCUGUCUAGUGAUAAAAUAAAGCUGAUGGCUUUCAUUAUUUACAUGUUCUUCGGCUCCGUUUGGCAUCAGCGUUAGAGGUAAGCUUUAGCGUUUUGAAAAGACUAUUUGACGGUAGCUUUUAGCUUUAGCGUUUUCAGAGUUAGUCUGCACUGUUAAAUUUUUUUUUAUCCAAAACGCUAACGCUAAUAGAAAACGCUCUUUCCAAACAAGGCCUUCAUUGUUUAGAGUGGCUUAGCAUUUGUUGUCCAUGAUAUAAUAAUGUGCAGAGUGGUUU